UGGGAUACAUGUGCAGGAUGUGCAGUUUUGUUACACAGGUAAACAUGUGCCAUGGCGGUUUGUUGCACAGAUCAUCCCAUCACGUAGGUAUUAAGCCCAGCAUGCAUUAGCUAUUUUUCCUGAUGCUCUCCCUGCCCUGCUCCUCAUUUAUUUUAUUUAUUUACUUAUUUGUGUGUGUGUGUGUGUGUGUGCUGUGUCCCCAACACCAAGAAUGGUCUCUGGCAUACGGGAGGCUUGUUGAAAAAAAAUGAAGGAUUACAUCUCCAAGAACUCUCUUUCUUCUCAUUUCUUUCCUGUAAAAAGUUAAUGAAUGAUUACGUCCAAAGCAGAGAUUGUGGAAAAAGGGGGAAAAAAAGUUAAUGAAUGAUUUGUGAGACUUUUAAUAAAGAUUAAGGAGUUACAAUUAGCUUUAUCGUUAUCAUUCUGUUAAAGCUUCCAAGGUUAACCUUAAACAGCAGCAGAGAACUGUGGGAAUCCAAGGAUUUUGAUAGGGCUUCCAGUCCUAAGCAAGAGGUAUUUUCAAGGGCUCAUUAGAAGGCCUGGGUCUCACCCCAAGUCAGGGAACCACCUCAGAAGCAAAGUGCUGCUCAUAAAAUUCUUUCUUGCCAAGACAGCAAUCAGAUCCCCCCAUCCCCAAUCAAACCAAUAAUAGUAAUACUUUUUAUUUCUGGCAGUGUGGCAAAAUAGAAACUACAUAGGUCUCAAGGUCAGCUAGACCUAGGAGCCAAUUCUGCCAGCACUUACUAGCUGUGUGGCUGUGGUAAGUUACUAAAUCUUUCUGAAAAGGGAGGAAGGGGUUUGGGGGAGGAUGAGAUGGAAUGGCUCACAAAGUGACCAGUACACUGCAGGUGCACUUUAAAUGGUCACACCUCCCUCAUCCAUCUCUGGAGGUCAUCUCUUUAGACUGUGCCACUGUAAACUGGUACCCUCACUCCCACCCCGGAAUGGACAUCUGGACCUUGACCAUCAAGCUUCAGAGAACAAUUUCACCCUUCCAAAAUAAAAAAAACCCACUUAGGUACCAGGCAAAGUGCUAAAGAGCACUAUGCACCCUGUGCCAGUUGCUGCUUUACACAUACCACCUGUAUAUGUACGUACAUACAUAUAUGUGUAUGUGCACACAUGGCCUCAAGAACCCUCCAACCACCCCAUUCUACCCAAAAGGAAAAAGCGAUCCAGGGAGAUGAAUUCACUUGCCCACAUCACACAGCUUCUGAAAUGCAAAGCCAGGAUUAGAACCUAAGUAUUUAACUAUUUUGUUACACACUCCAAGUCUGCAGCACCUGUUUCCAGACUCUGAGCUUGGCUAGGGAAAAAUACCACCAAUUGACCACUGAGAGCCACAGCCAGGUCUAACUGGGAGGUAAUACCCAGACCAACCUCUUGCCAGACAAUUCUCCUCAGACUUUGUGAAUGAAGGCCAAGGAAGAAGAAAUGUUGCAGUGACUCCCUUUGAGCUCAUAUUUCUUUCUUGUUGCAAAAACUGCUUAUUUCAGCAUCCAUCAUCUCCCUCUUUGUUGGGUAGACAAUCCGCCCUGUCGGAGGAUUUGUGCUGUUAUUAUGAGUUUGUUUAUUAUUAGAUUUAUUUCUCCUAUAAGCAAAUGUGUUCACAACAUUCCAUCGGGGAAUCUUCUUAAUUGUCACAUAAAUGUCAUCUUAUGUAAAUUGAAUAUUUAUCUUCCCAUGGAAGGGGGUGGAGGGGAAAGGAAGAAUAAACAAUCUUCAGUCUUGGAGAGGGAAGGCGACUCCGGUGUCCAUUCACAACUCACCCACGUGCCUUCAAAGCCAAAGGUGAGCUGAAAAAUUAUUGGAUAAUCUGAGGGGCAGCCGACCAUGAGGGGGAAGAAAAAGUUGGCCACGAUGCUUUGGGGAUGUUGGGCCAGGCUCCCCACAACCUCCUCCCGAGGCCAGACCCACCCCCUCCCCAGCUAGAGGCAUUCCGAGGAGGUUGGAGCUUGACCCCCGAUUCCUCCCCAACCAGGAGGCCAGUCCUUCUCCUUCCUCGAGAGAAGAUGGAAGAGAAGAGGCGAAAAUACUCCAUCAGCAGUGACAACUCUGACACCACUGACAGUCAUGCGACAUCUACAUCCGCAUCAAGAUGCUCCAAACUGCCCAGCAGCACCAAGUCGGGCUGGCCCCGACAGAACGAAAAGAAGCCCUCCGAGGUUUUCCGGACAGACUUGAUCACAGCCAUGAAGAUCCCGGACUCAUACCAGCUCAGCCCGGAUGACUACUACAUCCUGGCAGACCCAUGGCGACAGGAAUGGGAGAAAGGUGUGCAGGUGCCUGCCGGGGCAGAGGCCAUCCCAGAGCCCGUGGUGAGGAUCCUCCCACCACUGGAAGGCCCCCCUGCCCAGGCAUCCCCGAGCAGCACCACGCUUGGUGAGGGCUCCCAGCCUGAUUGGCCAGGGGGCAGCCGCUAUGACUUGGACGAGAUUGAUGCCUACUGGCUGGAGCUCAUCAACUCGGAGCUUAAGGAGAUGGAGAGGCCGGAGCUGGACGAGCUGACAUUAGAGCGUGUGCUGGAGGAGCUGGAGACCCUGUGCCACCAGAAUAUGGCCAGGGCCAUUGAGACGCAGGAGGGACUGGGCAUCGAGUAUGACGAGGAUGUUGUCUGCGACGUGUGUCGCUCUCCUGAGGGCGAGGAUGGCAACGAGAUGGUCUUCUGUGACAAGUGCAACGUCUGUGUGCAUCAGGCAUGCUACGGGAUCCUCAAGGUGCCCACGGGCAGCUGGCUGUGCCGGACGUGUGCCCUGGGUGUCCAGCCAAAGUGCCUGCUCUGCCCCAAGCGAGGAGGAGCCUUGAAACCCACUAGAAGUGGGACCAAGUGGGUGCAUGUCAGCUGUGCCCUAUGGAUUCCUGAGGUCAGCAUCGGCUGCCCAGAGAAGAUGGAGCCCAUCACCAAGAUCUCGCAUAUCCCAGCCAGCCGCUGGGCUCUGUCCUGCAGCCUCUGCAAGGAAUGCACAGGCACCUGCAUCCAGUGUUCCAUGCCUUCCUGCGUCACAGCGUUCCAUGUCACGUGCGCCUUUGACCACGGCCUGGAAAUGCGGACUAUAUUAGCAGACAACGAUGAGGUCAAGUUCAAGUCAUUCUGCCAGGAGCACAGUGACGGGGGCCCACGUAAUGAGCCCACAUCUGAGCCCACGGAACCCAGCCAGGCUGGCGAGGACCUGGAAAAGGUGACCCUGCGCAAGCAGCGGCUGCAGCAGCUAGAGGAGGACUUCUACGAGCUGGUGGAGCCGGCUGAGGUGGCUGAGCGGCUGGACCUGGCUGAGGCGCUGGUCGACUUCAUCUACCAGUACUGGAAGCUGAAGAGGAAAGCCAAUGCCAACCAGCCGCUGCUGACCCCCAAGACCGACGAGGUGGACAACCUGGCCCAGCAGGAGCAGGACGUCCUCUACCGCCGCCUGAAGCUCUUCACCCAUCUGCGGCAGGACCUAGAGAGGGUUAGAAAUCUGUGCUACAUGGUGACAAGGCGCGAGAGAACGAAACACGCCAUCUGCAAACUCCAGGAGCAGAUAUUCCACCUGCAGAUGAAACUUAUUGAACAGGAUCUGUGUCGAGAGCGGUCUGGGAGGAGAGCAAAGGGCAAGAAGAGUGACUCGAAGAGGAAGGGCUGCGAGGGCUCCAAGGGCAGCACUGAGAAGAAAGAGAAAGUGAAGGCGGGGCCUGACUCAGUCCUGGGGCAGCUGGCAGGCCUGUCCACCUCAUUCCCCAUCGAUGGCACCUUCUUCAACAGCUGGCUGGCACAGUCGGUGCAGAUCACAGCAGAGAACAUGGCCAUGAGCGAGUGGCCACUGAACAAUGGGCACCGCGAGGACCCUGCUCCAGGGCUGCUGUCAGAGGAACUGCUGCAGGACGAGGAGACACUGCUUAGCUUCAUGCGGGACCCCUCGCUGCGACCUGGUGACCCUGCUAGGAAGGCCCGAGGCCGCACCCGCCUGCCUGCCAAGAAGAAACCACCACCACCACCACCGCAGGACGGGCCUGGUUCACGGACGACUCCAGACAAAGCCCCCAAGAAGACCUGGGGCCAGGAUGCAGGCAGUGGCAAGGGGGGUCAAGGGCCACCUACCAGGAAGCCACCACGUCGGACAUCUUCUCACUUGCCGUCCAGCCCUGCAGCCGGGGACUGUCCUAUCCUAGCUGCCCCUGAAAGCCCCCCACCACUGGCCCCUGAGACCCCGGACGAGGCAGCCUCAGUAGCUGCUGACUCAGAUGUCCAAGUGCCUGGCCCUGCAGCAAGCCCUAAGCCUUUGGGCCGGCUCCGGCCACCCCGCGAGAGCAAGGUAACCCGGAGAUUGCCGGGUGCCAGGCCUGAUGCUGGGAUGGGACCACCUUCAGCUGUGGCUGAGAGGCCCAAGGUCAGCCUGCAUUUUGACACUGAGACUGAUGGCUACUUCUCUGAUGGGGAGAUGAGCGACUCAGAUGUAGAGGCCGAGGACGGUGGGGUGCAGCGGGGUCCCCGGGAGGCAGGGGCAGAGGAGGUGGUCCGCAUGGGUGUACUGGCCUCCUAACUCACCCCCUUCCCUGUCCCAGGCCCUGCCCUGGUCCCCCCACAAGGCCUCAGCCCAGUCACAACUGCCAUUUCCAGUCUCUGCUGAGUGUCCCAGACCCUCGAGGCUGCCACUCCGUCGUGGUUUUAUUUUUAAUAUAGAGAGAGUUUUGAAUUCUA